GAACAAAAGGUGAAAGAAGGAGGAAUUCACUACUAUUUUUCCUGCUUGGCCUGGGACAUUUCAUUCCAUCUUCUCUUGCUCAUGGGCUGAGAUUUGCUUUAGCAGCUGCCUGGGUCCUCAGGCCUGUGGACCCAGACUGACUGACACCACCACUAGCUUUCCUCGGGGCUCCAGCCUGCAGAUGGCAGAUCGUGGAACUUCUCAGCCUCUGUAAUCAUGGAUGGUGCCUUGAGCCGCUGAGCCCCCCACGCGCUCCUGAGACCAUCAGUGCAGGCCAGCCCGGCCAGAACACCGAGGACUCCACACACACGCACAGUCCCCGCCGCACCUCUUCUCUAGCAAAACGCAUGCUCCUGUCCUCGCUCAGGAUUCCCGAACCUCUGAGGCCAGACACCCCCAGCUCUUCCUCAUGUUUGGGGGAUCUUGCUAGCUAUGGCCCCUGUACUCGGCUUCCUGCUGCUGUUGGAGCUGUUCGGGAAUACCAUUUCAGAGAGGCUGCCGUCGCCCGCAAAGAGUGGUGGUGCCCUGGACUUGGUGUUGCCUGCCCCGAACUAUGAGACCCAAGACUAUCAUAAAGCUGGACCCAUUGGCAUUCUCUUUCAAAUGGUGCACCUCUUUCUCCACGUGGUGCAGCCCAAUGCUUUCCCCGAAGAUGUUUUAAGAAAACUUCUGCAAAAGAAGUUUGACUUCUCAAGUGAUUAUGAACAGAUCAUCUACUAUGAAAUGGGCAUUAUUAUCUGCGCCAUCCUGGGACUGCUCUUCGUGAUCCUGAUGCCGCUGGUGGGGGUUUGCUUCGGUUUGUGUCGCUGCUGUAACAAGUGUGGUGGAGAAAUGCACCAGCGUCAGAAGAGAAAUGGUCCCUGCCUGAGGAAGUACUUCACGGUCUCCCUUCUGGUGAUCUGUGUACUGAUAAGCACUGGUGUCAUUUAUGGCUUUGUGGCAAACCACCACCUAACAACCCAGAUGGGAAGGAGUCGGAAACUGGCAGACAGCAAUUUCAGAGACCUGAGAACUCUCCUGAAUGUGACUCCAGAGCAAAUCAACUAUGUAACAGGCCAGUAUACUACCACCAAGAAAAAAGCAUUCUCAGAUCUGGAUAAUAUCAAAACGUUGCUAGGCGGUGGAAUCCAUAAACGACUAAAACCUAAAGUGAUCCCUGUUCUUGAUGACAUCAAGGCCAUGGCGGAAGCCAUCAGAGAGACAAAGGAAGCCCUGAUGAAUGUGAACAUUACCUUAAAUGAGAUAAAAAACUCAACUGCGCAGCUGAACGCCAGCCUGAGUGCCGUGAAAAGGAACGUGGAGCAAUCCCUCAACGACCCCAUGUGCUCUGUGCACUCAGUGUCUGCCACCUGCAACGACAUCAGAAGGUCUCUAAGCCAGCUGGAUGACAACGUCAACUUGGAUCAGCUUCCACCUUUGGAUCAGCCAAUGAAUAAUGUUAAUGAUGUUCUUCAAACGGAUUUGUCCAGCCUAGUCCAAGAGGGCUAUAAAUCCUUUAAUGGUAUACCGGAGAUGGUGCAGAAUCAAACCACUGACAUCAUAUCAGAUAUCAAAAGUACCUUGAAUUCCAUUGGUUCAGAUAUCACCAAUAUAAGUGAACAGAUUCCCAUUCAGGAUAAGCUUGCAAAUUUCAUGGCUUACAUUAAUGACACAGAAACUUUCAUCCACCACAAGUUACCCAUGUUGGAGGAAUAUGAUUCAUACAGGUGGCUGGGGAGCCUGAUUGUCUGCGGGCUGCUGACCCUCAUUGUGGUUUUCUACUGCCUGGGCUUGCUGUGUGGCAUCUGCGGCUACGACCAGAGUGCCACCCCAACCAAACGAGGCUGCCUCUCCAACACUGGAGGCGUCUUCCUCAUGGUCGGGGUUGCAAUGAGUUUCCUCUUUUGCUGGAUGGUGAUGACCAUCGUGGUUCUUACUUUUGUCGUUGGUGGAAAUGUGGAAAAACUGGUCUGUGAAUCUUAUGGAAACAGGAGGCUAUUCCAGAUUUUGGACACACCAUAUUUACUAAAUGAGAAUUGGAAAUACUAUCUCUCUGGCAUGGUGUUUAACAAUCCGGAUAUUAAUCUCACUUUUGAACAAGUUUACAGUGACUGCAAAGAAAAUAAAGGUAUUUAUGCGACACUUAAGCUGGAGAACAGCUACAACAUCAGUGAACAUCUCAACAUUCAAGAGCAUACCAGAAACAUAAGCAGUAACUUUGAAAAUAUGACCAUAAAUAUCGGCGAUAUCACUCUGCUGGGUGAAGCAGGAAAGGGAAGCCUUAGGAAUUUCAGUUCUUCGGGGAUAGACAGAAUCGACUAUCACGCCUUCUUGGCCGAGACGGGCAAAACUCCCACCAAAGUGAAUCUCUUAUCAUUUGCAGAUGAUCUAGAAGCAAAAGCCAACCAUUUGCCCCCGGGAAAUUUGCAAGAGUCCCUGAAAAGAAACGCACAAACUGUUCGAAUGAUUCACCAUGGCCAAGUCAUUCCUUUGGAACAAUCAAUGAGAACUGUACACCAGAGCAUCAAGGAACUUCAAAGCAAAAGCAGUGGAUUAGGGGUGAGAGUGGCCAAUAUCCUUUCAUCCCUGGAUUCUGCUCAGGACUUCCUCACAAACCAUAUUUCCUCUGUUAUUCUUGAAGAAAGUAAGAAGUAUGGGAAAACAAUAAUAGGAUACUUUGAACAUUAUCUGCAGUGGGUCAAGAUCUCUAUCACUGAGCACAUUGCCGCCUGCAAACCCGUGGCCACCGCUUUAGAUUCCGCUGUUGACGUCUUUCUGUGUCGCUACAUUAUUGACCCUAUGAAUUUGUUUUGGUUUGGCAUAGGAAAAGCUACCAUAUUUUUACUUCCAGCUAUAAUUUUUGCUGUAAAGCUGGCCAAGUAUUAUCGUCGGAUGGAUUCAGAGGAUGUGUAUGAUGAUGGUGAAACUGUGCCCAUGAAAAAUCUGGAAAAUGGUUAUAUUGGGUUGCAUAGACAUCGUCCCACUCACAUUGUAUGAGCAAAGUUUUUAAACAGACCCAACUACACAAGUUCUUGAUCUGCAGCGUCUCCAACUGUUGGAAAAGAAACCUUCGCUUCAGGAGUUUGCAGAGUUCAGUGAUGUCAUAUGAAAUGUGCACUUCGGAGCCCAGUGGUGAAAAGCGUGCAUACCUUUUUUAAUCUUUCGAAGUUUUGCUUUAAUCAUGUGAGCCUUCUAUGAAAGGUUAAAUAUGCAACACAUUCAUUAAUUUCCAGCUUAGCUUUCGGAGCAAGACAGGAAUUUUGUCACAUUUCAUUGCUUGAGGACUUAGGCUUGUAGUUAGAGAAAGUCCAGUAGAUAACAGAUGUGUGUGUGUGAAUAAUAAAGGAAUUAUUUCAGAAA